AUGGGGUCCCUGGAGAACGGCUCCGACGAGCCCCUGACACCGGUGGGGCGCCUGUUCCUCCAGAAGGAGAUAAACCAGGUGAUCUACUGCGCCUUUGGCAUGAGGCAACCCCUCGAUGUGGACGCCCUCAAGUUGGCGAUCCAGAGCUGCCCCAUGUUUAUGCACCCCAGGUUCUGCAGCCUCUUGGUGCGGGACUCCGCAGGUCGAGAGCACUGGAGGAGGACCUGCGUGGACAUUGACCGCCAUGUCAUCCUGGUCCACGGCCCCAUUGCCGAAGGCCUCUCUGACGAGGCGGCGGUCAACAAGUACCUCGCCGACCUGUCCACUGACUCGCCGGGGCUCAUGGGCGACGACAAGCCCCUAUGGGACGUCCACCUCCUGAUGGCCCACCAGUGCAUGGUGUUACGGAUUCACCAUGCACUUGGUGACGGGAUCUCACUGAUUUCCUCGUUCCUGGCAGGGUCCCGGCGGGUGGACGACCCUGAGGCACUACCGACGAUCGGUCCUCCAUCAUCAACGACGAGGAGGAGGAGCGACGGUGGGGGCGAGUGGUGGAAGGCAGUAGUGAGGGUGUUGGAGGUGGUGUGGUUCACGGUGGUUUUCGUAGUGGAGUUUGUGCUGAGGAUCAUGUGGGUGAGCGAUCGGACGACGCCGCUGAGUGGUGGCGCAGGGGUGGAACUCUGGCCGAGGAAGCUGGCCACGGCGAGGUUUUCGAUGGAGGAUAUGAAGGUGGUCAAGUCAGCAGUCGCUAAUGCGACCAUUAACGAUGUUCUCUUGGGGAUCGUAUCAGUCGGCUUGUUCAAGUACAUGGACCACCAGUCUCCCAAUGGUAAAAAACGAACAGCAUUUCCGCACAUACACUCUGAUUUUUGUCGAUUCAAAGAUGACGAAUCUCAGACGACUAAAAAUGCUCAUUUGCCUUUGUCAGCCGUGCAAGAAGGGACUCGAAUAAAGGGAGUGGCGAUUGUGAACUUGCGAGAACAACAGGGAUUGCAGGAACUAUCCAAUUUGAUGGAAGGCAACCAGGGACUGAGGUGGGGCAACAAGUUCGGGACUAUCCUCCUCCCCGUUCACUACAGCAGAAGCUGUGGUGACCCUCUCGAAUACCUGAGAAAAGCUAAGUCGAUGAUGGCCCGGAAGAAGAAAUCCCUGGAGGCUCACUUCUCCUACAAAAUCGGGGAUAUGGCCAUGACUUAUCCAGGAGCACAUGUAAGGAUCAGUUCGCGCUUCUGCAAUUCGGAAAACAGAACGACAAUAAGCUGA